AUGACGUGGACAAGGCUUCAGUCCUCGGUUUCGAUACGUCCACAGAACUGGGAACGCGUAGAAGAUCUUCGUAUUGCAUGGUUAGACAGAUCUCUCGAUGGGCGCGAAUUCCCUACGGCUGCAAGCGCCGCGAUGUUGUAUCCAGAAAUUGUCGCAAGCUGCACCCAUUUGAAGAAUCUCGAUGUCAGCAUUACCGUUCCUGGAGGAGGCAUGGGAGCAUCCGACAUGCAACGAUUGCCUUUUUCGUUGCUGUCUCGUACCCUCCCAAUGGCGUGCGGGUUUCGGCUCGAACGCUUCUCUGCCGAAGGGUGGGCUCCAUACCCAUUGUCUGCGCCUUUCCUGCAACUCCAUUCAUCGACGCUCACCCACAUCGAAAUGACUCAUUACGACGCAUGGCCCCUCACGUCCGUCAAUUCUGUGCAUUUCGCCAUACUGUCCACAUGGGAAGGUCAGAUGUGUGCCUUGUCGUGGAUUGGAUCAGCCCCUCGUUUGAUCGACAUCACAUUGGGCGUAGGCACGGAGAGUGGAUCUGACACGGCUGCGUUGGCGUAUCAUAUUCAUCGUCUCGAUCUUCACCUCAUCCAUCUGCACCUCGACCUCGAUAUGCCCAAGGACCCGAACGUCGACAUUGGACUUCUAUCUCUCAUCGCGAGCACUUGCCCUCUACUGGAGGUCCUUUCCCUUCAAACAAUGUCACAAGUGAUCCCGCCGUGGGUCAAUUCAUGGACGCAUCAGACACAUCGGGAGGGUAGCAUGUCGGCGGUGUGUGAUGUUCUUACUCAGAUGCGAGGGCUACGUGAUCUUGCCUAUCACUACGGCUUUCCGCAUGAGAUGGACGCGGAGCUAAGCUGGGUACGGAGGAUAGAGCGAGAUCACACAGCCCUCGUGCGUUGUACAUUCCAAAACAGCGCGUUCGAAUACCUAGAGGGAAGAUCGCCGAACAUAAAUGGAUGGCUGAGGGAUGUGGACGGGGAGUGGUGUUUUAUCGCGAAGAGCUGGCCGUGGCGGGAGGAUUGA